UUUAGAAGGCCAGGAUGGCAAAAUUUACAUGUGUUGUUUUAAUAUAAGGAGGAAGCUUGGAUAUGCACGAGCCAGGAUACAAAUAAUCUUUGGUAGUAAGUUUUAUAUUUCAGCAUGUGAAUAUGUUGACACAGUGUGAGAAGUAAUCUCCCCCUCCCACCACCCCAUGCAAUCAGUAGAUUGAGCCAUAGAACUGCAAGUCAAGAACUCCUGUGUUCUCUUCUUGUAUCUGUCAGUGACCUGCUGUACGACCUUGGGCAAGUCUUUUAAGUUCUUUACAUAUUAUUUUUCCCUAUUGUAAAGUUGGGAUAGUACUUAAAUAUCUUGUAGGAUUGUGGAGAAUAAUUGCUACAUUUUUCUGUAGCGAAGUUUACAACUGGCGUUUCAAGAUUAACUCCAGGAAGAUUGCCUUGUAGCUACAGUGUAACAAAACAGCAUGAAUGGUGUUGGAAAAGCUGCUGAUCUUUUAUGGCUCCACUCCCAUGAGAUAGAUGAAGGUGUUGGAGUUUACUGUUUCUAAAUCGUUCCUUUUUAAAAAAAUCAAAUGUAAAGAAAACAAACAGACCACCAGUGUCUUUUUGAUCACGACCACUUCUUGUUCUUCAGGAUUUCUUCUGCAGUGAUCUGAGAUGGAGUUGCUAGAUGAACCCUAUGUUUGCUGCUCCUUGCAUUUUUCAUUGUCAGAGAUGUGGUGAAGUAUUUGGGGGUAUAUGUGAACUUCUCUCAUCAAGAAAACGCUAUCAUUUUUCUAGAUUUCAUCUGGAGAUAAGAGGUAUAUGUGGCCUGUCAGUCUAUGCUUAUUGUACUAGUGGGAGCUGUGCCAGAGUAUCAUAUUGACCAGGGAGAAAUUCCUACUAGCACAGAGGAGCUUGCCAGACAUGUCCGAUUUGCAGAUAAGUUCACAUCUAUAGCAACUGAGUGGUACUUAAUCAGACAUGAAGCCUAUAAAGUAAACCUGGCAUCAUCCUUGUAUUUUUCUGGAUUGCUUAUUGGAAAUAUAAUUUUUGGACCAUUGUCUGAUAAAUUGGGCAGGAAACCAGUGUACAUGUCAGGUCUGUUCUUCGAUGUCAUUUUUGGAUAUGUCACAGCAUUUGCUCCAAAUUAUGAAAUUUUUGCAAUGUCACGCUUCAUUGUUGGGAUUAUGAAUGGUGGAAUGUCUCUAGUGUCUUUUGUCUUGACACAAGAAUAUGUAGGAAAGUCUUUCUGGGCAUUAACAGGCUCGUUAACAAAUUUAACAUUUGCAGUCGGCAUAGCAGUUUAUGCCUUACUGGGUUACUACAUACGAGAAUGGCGCUUCCUCGCAUUUGUAUCAAAUUCUCCUGGGGUUUUCUUCUUUCUUCUUUCUUUUAUGCUUCCAGAAUCACCGAGAUGGCUGUAUUCCCAGGGGAAUACUGCAGAAGCAGAGGAUGUGCUUCAAUACCUGGCCUGUGGUAAUGGAAAAGAAAGGUUGACUAUAAAAUUGAAACCAUGUGCAGGAACAAUGAAAAAGAAUGACUCAGCAUCUGGUGUCCUAAACCUAAUAAAACACCCAGUCCUUCGGUGGCGAACUAUCAUCUUGAUGUAUAUCUGGUAUGUCUGCAGCCUUGUAUACUAUGGCCUAACAUUCAAUGCCGGUGAAUUAGGAGGAAAUCUAUAUCUAAAUGUAGCUCUUUAUGGCCUUAUAGAAGUUCCUGCAUUUCCUCUCUGCAUGUUUUUUAUUGAGAAAUCCUGGUCUGGAAGACGUAAAACUACAACUUUUUUCCUGAUAUUUGCAGGGUUUACAUGUAUAUUUACCAUGUUUUUACCAGAAAAUUCUGGUUUAUUCUUCAGUCCAACUCUGUUAGCCUUGUGCGGAAAAUUGACCGUCAGUGCUGCCUUCAAUAUAGUGUAUAUUUAUACUUCUGAACUCUACCCAACAGUAGUGAGAAAUGCUGGCUUGGGUGUCUGUUCAAUGACUUGCAGAUUUGGUGGUGUUUUGGCUCCAUUUGUGCCAUCCAUGAAAUCUCUUCACCCAUCUUUACCAUUCAUGGUGUUUGGAAUCAGUGGAGUAUCAGCAGGAUUCUUGACUUUUCUUCUUCCGGAAACUCUUAAUAAGCCAAUUGCAGAGAGCAUUGAAGACCUUCAGAGUCCUGUAUGCCAAAUGCUUAAAAACAAAAAGGUAAACCAAUUAGGAGAAAACACAAUUUCAAAAAAAUCUUUCUGGUGAAAAAUCAAGCAUCUUUUGGUAAAGUGCUUUCAUAGUGAAGAUGUGGAGCCACUGAGAUACCAGAAUGGAAAUGUCAAGGGGCAUAAAGUAUAAUGCCACUUCCAGUAUGCUGCACUGUUUAUUUUUAUGUGGAGGUCAAUUGAGAAAAUGGAGAAAGUUUGCCAAAAUUUGUGGAAAACGAGAUGGCAAAUCCUUGCAUUAAUUUAAUGACUUACUUAAGCACACUCUUUGGACACAAGAUACAGUUUUUAUAUAUAAAAAAAAUGUAAUAUUCCUUAUUUUGUUUUGUAAGAUGUAACUGCUAGCUGUGAAUUGAAAUGUAACAAUGAAAUUGAGGUAAUAUGUAAUAAGUGUUUUUUAAAAGAUAUUUUCUGAUUGGAAGGUUGCAGGGCAGCCUAGUAUAUUCAGGUAUUCUGUAAUUGUUAGAAAUAAUUGUAUCCUGUGGAUGCUAAUGUACUCAACAGAUUUUUUUUCUUUUUUCAUUUUCUUUAGACUACUGCAUACCUCAUAAUACAAAAAGACCAAAGAUUUGUAUAGAUUAUUGCCUUAACCGUAACAUUAAUAAUGUAAGAAACUCAAUCAAAUUGAUCAGGAAAUUUCAAAGGAAAGUAAAUUAACUUUAAUGCUGGAUACAGUAGGGUUUUUUUUUUUAUAAGAUCCAGUUGAACAACAAAGGAAUUUAACAUGAAAAAUUGCAACGUUGGAAAGAAUAAUAGGUCUUUGCAGACAAGAGGUACAUGUAAAAGAGGGAGUAAAUUAGUACUGAACAUUUAGUGAAAUAUUAAUUCAAAAAAUGCAAUUAUCCAGUAGCUAAAUGUUAGCUAUAAUUGCAAAACUAGAAUAAAAUUAUCAAAAAUGUAUCAAAUAUGAUAUAUAAUCAAAAAUUAUUAUUUUCAAUUAGAAUUGGAAAUAUCUGCAAUACGAAAAAUUAAUUCAAUAGAUUUCACUUACCAAUUAAAAUAUUUAUUUUGCAGUAGGGAUAUCAUAGUUGUUACGAUUGGUUCACCAAAACAGUAUUGUAAUUUAAAUAAAAAUAUAUAUAUAAAUAUAAAAUUAGCGUCUCUUUUACGUAUAAAUUUGUCAUGCUCUUAUAAGGAUAUUUCCUAUCAUUUGGACUUUGUUAAAUGCAUCUGGUAGGAAAAGCCAGUGUAUUUUGACAUAAUUUUCAUAUUUCGACUAUGAGCCUGCAAGUUAUAACACAUGGGCAGACUGCUGUGCCUCUGUAGAACCCCAGUAAAGUCUGUAGGGGCACAACAGUCCAUCUGAGUGUUAUAAAUGGCAUGAUUGAAUCCUUGAAUUGUAUAAAAAUAUUUAAAAUCACAAACUACAGUUUGCAGAGAAAGUUGUGAUUUUAGAUUGCAUAAAACAUCUAUAUAUUUGCAUUUGUUUUAAGACCUGUGCCAAAGUUCAAAGUAACACGAAGCACACAAUUCUUAUUUUCUUAUGUAUAUUUAGUUGCCUUAUAUUCCAUUUUUACAGGCUUUAGAACUCAGCUGGUGAAAGUGUUCUUGAAUACCUUCUGGUAGUCUCUUACCUUCCUUUAAUGUUCAUAACCACAACAACUGAGGAUACCUCUUCAAAGGAUAAUUACAUCAUCAAGGAAAUGGUAAAGAGGAGCUUUAGAACUUUUUAUUAUGAAAAGCUCUGUUGAUUCUUAUUUUUUUGGUAAUAAAAAUUGAAUCUUAAACAUAUCGUUCUCUUAGAAGCAGAAAUAACACAUUGAGAUAGGAUCUCCAUAAAUACAUCAUUGUAUGGUGAAUGUCUCAUGUGCCCCUUCUGCCAGAUGUUUAAUGUAUCAGCCUCAAUAAUGAAUUUUCCACAUCCUUUUAUUCCAGUUCUUGUAGAAAACAGGUAAUAAAAAUAAAUUGUAUUUAAAAUGUGUUUAUAUCUCCCAAUUUUUUAAAAUUUGGAAUGUAUCCUGCUCAGCAUUUACUAAGAUUUUUGUAAAUUUGACAGUUUGUGAAAGUCUAUUCCUGGGGAAUUCUAUGCCAAAAAAUUAAAAAUUCUGUGCACAAUAUUUUAAAAUUCUGCAAAAUUCUGCUUAUUUUAUUAAUCAAAAUUAACACAAUAUAAUCCUGACAUUUGCAAUUAUUUUGGUAGUUUAUUUGAAAAUACCUGUCAGCAAGUAUGUCUGUAAUAAUACAGAC